GUCACCGCUGAUCGCUGGCGAAGGAGGAGGGGGGAGAGUCGCGUCACGUGAGCUCAGUCUUGUGACUGGCCCGAGCGCUGGGAGCCGCCGCGGCAGCGGGCACGUUGCUGCUGCUGCUGGUCUGCCUGGCUGGGGGCGCCUGGGCUCCGUUCCCCCCGCCGAUGCGCUGGGUGCGGGGGCGGCUGGCUUGGCGGAGAGCCCCUCGCUAGCGGCUCGCUUCCCCCCUCCGGCCGGGGGGCGGCACAGGGAAAGUUGGGCGUCGGGGCGCCGCCUCCUCUCCCCCCGCGGGGUCUCUGCGCUGCUCCCCCCGCCGCGCCCCAGCAUGGAUAACAAGCCUCUUCUGCAGGAGCGGCCCCCCGCCUACACCCCGGCCUCGCAGGGGGGCGACUUCGGACAGAGCAACUACGGGGCCAUCCCCCCUCCUCAGCCGGGCUUCCAGCCUCCUCCGCCCUACCCCUACCCCAGCGCUGCCGCCGCCGCCCCUGCAGGAUAUGCUGCACCACCACCACAGCAUAACUAUCCUAAUAUGUACACCAUCAUUCAACAGCCAGCUACCACCACCUCCGUUGUAGUGGUUGGAGGUUGCCCUGCCUGCAGAGUUGGUGUAUUGGAGGACACCUUCACCUGUCUUGGCGUCUUGUGUGCCAUCGUAUUCUUUCCCAUUGGAAUUCUGUUUUGUCUUGCUCUGAGGCAACGAAGAUGUCCUAACUGUGGGGCAACUUUUGGUUAAGGGAUCAACCUGAACAGGCUUAUGGAGGCCACAUCUAUUGUAGUACUUGUUUCUAAUGUAAAUGUCAUGUACAAUCACUUUAUUUGAUUAUGCUUCAGACCUGUUUUGUAAAGUGUGAUGAAAUUAUAGUCUUGCAUGUGAUAAACUUAAUCAGUUUUAUGAGCAUGUGCAUUGCAAAACAUGAAAACCCCCCUUGUUUCCAUGUUGAAUGGCAUCUUUAAACUUAAAUAAAACUGCUUCUCUUUUUGCAAUCUUCA